AUGGUUCCAGCGGAAGUGUUGAACGAGUUCCGCCACCUGUUUUCACCAGAGGAGGCCAUGAAGCUGCCGCCACACCGCCCGGGUGUGGACCACGAGGUGAACUUGCAGCCUGACAAGAAUGGCAACGAGCCGCCCCUGCCAUGGGGACCGCUCUACAACAUGUCACGCGAAGAGUUGUUGGUCUUGCGAAAGACCCUGAAAGACCUUUUGGAUAGAGGGUUCAUCCGAGCGAGUAGCUCGGCGGCCGCAGCGCCGGUGCUGUUCCGCGACCGAUAUCCGCUGCCACUCAUCGCCGAGACGUUGCAGAACUUGGCCAAGGCCAAAUGGUUUACCAAGUUAGACGUCGUAGCCGCCUUCCACAAGAUCCGCAUGGCCCCCGGGCACGAAUGGAAGACGGCAUUCCGCACGAGCGUGUUGCGCGAGUGGCUGGACGAUUUCGUCACGGCGUACCUAGACGAUGUGUUGAUCUAUUCGAGUGGUUCAAAGGCUGAUCAUGAGGCCAAGGUGCGAAAGGUUCUCCAAGCACUCGCCGACGCCGGCCUACAUCUAGACCCAGCGAAGUGCGAGUUUUCCGUACAAGAGGUCAAGUACCUUGGGUUCAUUGUAAAUGCAGGAAGGGAAUCGCGUGCGACCCGAGAAGCAGCGCGCCAUCCGCGAAUGGGAAGCCCUACCACGGUGAAGGGUGUCAGAAGCUUUCUGGGCUUCGCCAACUACUACAGGAUCUUCAUCCCCGACUACGCUAAGAUCACUCAGCCGCUAGACGCUCUGCUGAAGAAAGGAACUGCCUUUUGUUGGGCGCGGGCGGAGAACGAGGCGUUUCAUGAACUGAAGCGACGAUUUUGCGAGUCGCCCGUGCUCAAGCAGUGGGACCCGAGCCUGCCGACAUUCUUGGAGACGGACUGCUCAGGCUACGCGUUGGGAGGCGUCCUGGCGCAAGAGGACCAAGAUGGACGUCGACACGCGUGCGCCUUCUUCUCGAAGCGACUUUCACCAGCAGAGUACAACUAUCCAAUCCACGACAAGGAGAUGCUCGCCAUCAUGAAAUGCCUCGAUAAUUGGAGUGCCGAGCUCAGAAGCUGCGGCUCCUUCACAAUCCUCACCGAUCACCGCAACCUGGAGUAUUUCAUGACACGCCAGAAGCUCACGGAACGGCAGAGCCGUUGGGCAGCCGAAUUGUCCCAGUUCAACUUCAAGCUCGAGUAUCGACCGGGAAGCGAGGCUGUCGUGCCCGAUGCGUUGUCCCGUCGCGAACAAGACAAGCCACAGGGCAUCGACGACGAGCGGGAACAAGGAAGAAUGAUACAGUUGAUACCGGACAGUGCGAUUCCAUCAUCGACAAGAGCACAUAUCAGCGCGAUGAGUUCUGACUGUUCAGAAACAUCCACCCUGCCGGAGAUGAAGGUCUUCGAGGAAGCGGACCUGCAGAUUGAACUGAUAGGGCCGCAUUCCGGUGAGAACAUUGGUCCACACAUCAAGAAGGUGAUAGACCGAUACGAGUUAGGAUCAAAGCUUGGGUAUUUCAUGCUUGACAAUGCGGAGAGCAACGAUACAUGCCUUCAAACUCUGGCGCAAUGGUACCCGAUGGACGUGCAGCGACGGCGACUGCGUUGCGUUGGCCACAUCAUCAACCUGGUCGUCCGGGCUGUCAUAUUUGGCUCCAAUGCUGGGAAGUUUGAGUCACAACUUCGAGCUGCGACCGACGAGUUCAAAUUUGAUGUCUGGGCCAAGGUCGGAGCAGUGGGAAAACUUCACAACCUCGCCACGUACAUCCGUCGAACGGACCAGCGGCGACAAGCACUUCGACAGUUGCAAUCGGAGCUUGCCGGGGACGAUCCCAUCUUUACGCUGGAGAUCCUGGUUGAUGGUAAAACGAGAUGGAGCUCCAUUUACAUGAUGAUUAGAAGAGCGCUCGAGCUUCGGAGUGCUAUUGAGCUCUAUCAGUCGCGUUGGCAGAAGCCCAGGAAUUAUGUGGAUCGACGUGACAUCACCAAGGACUUCCUGAACGCUACCGACUGGGUCGAGCUGCAACGGUUUUUUGACUUUCUGAAGCCCUUUCACAUCUUGACCCAGACGAUGGAAGGCAACGCCAGAAUCGACUGUGGUUGGGCGAAACUGGAGGACUACUACCUCAAGACAGAUCGGUCCCCUGUGUAUCGUGCGGCGCUUGCGCUUCACCCUUCCUACGGGUACAAUUACUUUGAGCGGCACUGGUCGGAGGGAAUGGACAAACCGGAAUGGUACAGCGAAAUGAAAAGGGCGGUUAGUGACCUUUUCGAGGAAUAUCGGCAGCAGGCAGAGGUCGAGAUACAGGCGCAGACAGGGCUUUUGGACGACGAAUCCGACAGGGAGGCCGCCAGUGCCGACAAUGACUACAGCUCUUUCGGCAAGAGAUCAGCCACUUCUCUCAAUGUGCGACGGAGAAGAGCCAGAACCGUGACCGAGCUCGAUCUAUUCCAAACUCGGCCAAUUUAUGUCCAGGAUCUCGACGUCGCCGACCCGCUCGAAUGGUGGCAUCAACAUCAACUUGAAUACCCAGUGCUGUAUCGAAUGGCGCUCGACCUGUUCUCGAUUCCCGGCAUGAGCGCUGAAUGCGAGAGAGUCUUCAGCCAGACCAAGAGACUGAUCACAGACGAGCGCAACAAUCUGUCAGAGGACACUGUGGAGGCAGAUCAGCUUCAAAAGCAAUGGUUAUCCAGAGGCCUCGUAGAGUAG